CUGUACCGACGUGACACGGUGACGAGUAAUUCUAGAUUGUGUCGUUGCUAUAAGUCUCUCUACAACAAUUACUCCAAAGAUUUUCACCGAUAAUCGACAAGUGUCUUUUAACAAAUCCAAAUAGAAAUAGAAAUUGUUUAUAAAUUGGAAACAAAUUGAUCCUGCAGCAAUAGCCGUGUGAAAUUAUCUCCGAGUGAGGAAGAAAAUGAUAAAAUAAGAAAAUUGAUUUGUCAGGGCCAAUCCCCAUGAGGACAGGCAGAUAAAUUCAUUCUCUCGUUGUUGACGAACUGGAGCGUUAAAAAUACGUUUUUUUUUUAAACAAAAUUUUCUCUGGAUAUUAUCGUGAUUUAUUGAAUGGAGGAUUAGAAUGGUUGAGUGCUAUUAGUUGUGUUCCAUUAGCAAAUUCGAAAGCAGUAAAAAAGGGGUUCUCUUGUCCAAUCGCAAGGAUUGCCCUCUCCCUAGCGUCCCCUUGCCAACAAAAUCGGCUAUUCUAUUGUCCGCCAUCUUUGUGAUGCUCGUCGUCGUCGGGGUGUCGUCGAAAUCAUCUCCGAUAAAACACAGAGCUACUUUCACACUUGGACGUUAAUUUACUGAACUUUUUACUCGAUUAACGCGUGGAGAUAUAAAACAAAUGCUACAGAGACAUUUUUCUCGUUUGACUGUGUGACAAAGGGAAGUUUCGUUUCAUUUUUUUUCAUUCGUCACAAGCGGGUUUCAUUGCAAGGCUUCACUCCAGUUUCAACGAUUUUCUGCGGCUGGAUUAUAGGCUGAAUCGUAUUAAUUAGGCGCCUCUGAUCAAGACCAAGGAUAAUCAACGUAUUGAAAGCGAAUUGAAAAGGAUAAAAUAAAAAUUUUGCAAAAUAUAUAUGUACACAUAUAUAGAUAUAUGCCAGGUAUUUUGACGCGAUGCGAUGAACAAUUUCCGUGUGAUUUUGCCAUGGGACAGGAGCUUUCUCAACUUCGUCUUUCUGCCAAUCAACAAAGCCACGGAUCUUCGAUAAAUUGAAUAUAUCGUCGAUUAUCUCCUUGCAUUAACGCACAUUUUAGAACUUCACGCUCGAAGACUGGAAAUCCUUUGUCGAGUUCCUGUUAAGAUUAUACUCAAUUACUCCUACAGCAUUCAAUAAUGAGUGUAAUAAUCAGACUACAAAACUUGGCAUGGUCAGCAAAUGCCCUUGACAUCCGUCAAUUCUUCCGUGGGCUGGGCAUCCCCGAGGGUGGUGUCCACAUUGUUGGCGGCGAAUUGGGCGAUGCUUUCAUAGCCUUCAGCACCGACGAAGAUGCCCGUCAGGCAAUGAUGCACGAUGGUGGAAAGAUCAAAGAGAUGAAGAUAAAACUUUUGCUAAGUUCCCGUACGGAGAUGCAGAAGGUGAUUGAAACAGCUAGACAGCAAACCCUAUCACUUCAAUCAUUCAUGCAAACACCAGCGGUAGCAGUGCCCCAACAAUCAGGAAUAGCUCUAGCCAAUUCCCAGCAGAUCCAGUUGAAAUCAUCACCAGCGGUUGACUCUAAACGCGAUAAAGAGCGUGAUAAUGAGAGUGAUAACGCAAAAGAACGUAAAGACCGUAGGGAUCGAUCAAGAUCACGGGACAGAUCGAAAUCCCGUGAUCGUGACAGAGACAGGGAUAGACGUGAUCGUGGUAGAGACAGACGUAGACGUGACAGAAGUAGAUCCAGAGAUCGUGAUCGUCGUGAUCGUGGUAGACGACGUAGGGAUCGUUCACGCUCACGUGAUCGCACGCGUUCCCGUGAUCGUGAUAACAAGAGAAAUUCUCACGGUGAUAGGCGCAAAGAGGCGCAGGACGAUGAUAACAGCGAAGUUGUUAUUGUUGGGUCAUUUCCUAAAGAUAAACAGAGUGGCAAAGGGUCGGGUAAAAAGGGUAAUGGAUCCGGGGGUAAUAGUAUCGAUAAUGGAAUCUGGGAAGUACCACCGCAAAAUCAAUUGCCAAUGAUUCUGGCACCGGGAAUUCUUGGCGCUGGAAUUGCUGCACUACCGGACGCUGAGAGAUCCAUCAAUUUUCCAACAAUUGGACAAACAUCUAUUAUGCAAUCAAAUCAAUUUGGUAUCAAUGGUAUUAAUGGGGGUAUUCAAACUCCGGGAAUUAAUUCACUCAGUCUUAACUCAUUACCACCGUCACUGGGAUUGUCCAGUAUUAAUUCAUUGAAUCGCGACAAUCAGUGGUCAGGUGAUCGGCCACCACGUUUGAGUGAUCUGAGAUUUCCCAGAUCAGCUGGUUUUGACAAUUUUCCUCACUUCGGGAGUUCUAAUUUCAGGGGCAACUCCAGGGGCAAUUCACAUUUGCUGAGUAAAAUGCAGGAAUUGGAUGGCAGGAGAAAUCCUCAUGCUUUUCAAACGAGUUCAACGAAUUAUGAUGGCUUUACUGGCAAUUCGGAUAGGCCCAAGUCGAGAAAUGUUGGUAAUGGAGCUAGAUUUGAUAAAUCUGGUGGUCACUGCAUCGAGAUUCGUAAUAUGCCCCUGAAUGUUACUUAUGCUGAUGUUCGACAUGCAUUUCAGGGUAUUUACAUUCGUAAAGAUGGGUUGAAGCUCAUUAAUGAUACUCAAGGUAACCGAGUGGGAAUAGCUUACAUCAAAUUUUUGAAACCCGAGGGUAAAGAAUUGGCACUGAGUGUACCGAGAUUUGUUCGUGGGUCAGAGGUAGAGGUUUGUUCACUCGAUGAAUCACUAUUCGACAAAGCCGUUGAUUCUUACGUACCAGAGCGCGAUAAAUCAGAUGAUAAUACCGAUACAAUGACGAGUGAUUCACGAAACUCCUGCAUCUUACUCGCUGAUCUUCCCUCAUUCACCAAAGAAGUUGACAUCGCCAAGGUAUUCGAUGAAUGUAAAAUAAAUGAUCUCUUCAUAACAUCGAAAAAAGACUCCAGCGGCACAUCCCAGUACAUGGCUUAUGUACAAUUAGCUAGAGCUGAUGAUGCUAAAUCAGCAUUAGCUAGCCCAAUGAAAAUAGGACAAAAAUCAAUAACAGCGAUUUCAAUAAGUGAUGAUAAAUUUUCACAAGCUAAACGUAAUCAUGAACAGGAAACACUCGGUGAGGCUAGUACUCCAGAUUGUAUUAUCAUGCGGGGACUACCUUUUCAGGUGAUAGAACGUGAUAUUCAGGAUUUUUUCUCGGACAUUGGAAUUGUACCGCGUAGAAUUCACAUGAUGUUGAACAAUCAUGGAUCACCAGCUGGCGAGUGUUUCUGUGAGUUUGAGAGUGCCGAGGAGGCGGUAAGGGCGACUGGAAAGAGUGGACUCCCAAUGGGAAAGAAUUUUCCAACGAUAGAGCUCGUUGCGAGGAAUAAAAUGCUGGAUACACUGGGCAAUGCUGAUACACAAUUCUCUGAGUCACAGCAACCGUUUCCCCUGCCACUGCAGGAUCGCCCGAGAUUCUCACCGAUGGGUCAUCCCCCUAGAUUUGGUAAUGGUGGCUUUGGCCAUCCUAGAGGACCUCCUGGAAUUAUGCCACUACCUAGGCACAUUGCUAUGAAUCGUCCUGGACCUCCACCCUCACUUGAUUAUGUCGAGGGCUUCGGCAAUCCUGGAUGCGUUCUGUCACUUGAGAAUGUACCAUUCAAGGCUGAUAUCACUGAGAUCAUUGAGUUCUUUAGAGAUUUUGAUGUCAAGAGGGAGAAUGUCAUUAGGAGGUAUAAUGAAAAGGGAAUGCCCACCGGUGAUGCCAGAGUUGCUUUCUCAUCACCUAGUGAGGCACAACGAGCUCUCAGGGAACUCAGGCACUGCAAAGUCAGGGACAGAACGAUCUACUUGAAACUAGCGUGAAUCCAUUCGAUAGGGGAUAUGUAAGGGAAUUAAAUUAUUUUUCAUACCUUUGUGGAUAUGAAAGCAUCUCGAUGAACGAAAGGUUUUAGAGACACCACGGGAAUUGAUAACUGAGAUAAAUCCAAUCGAAUCGUAUUUUUAUAUCGAUUUAUCUCGAAAACUGACGAUUUAGGAACGAAACACCCGAAGACUUUCUUCUAGCUGAUUGAAUUUCCAGUAGAAAUGGUCUUUAGAUGUUUUCUCGUAAAAUCAACACUUUUUUGAAUUCAUCGAUAUUUAAUCGCAUUGGAAAUAUUGGAUUAUCUCAGUUUACGAAUUUCCUCGCGAAAUUUUCUAUGUGGGAUAUUUAUCUCUCGUCUAUGAGAAAAAAUCCCUUCAUGUUGUCUUUGUAAUCAUUUGUUAUCGAAAUAUUUCCGUAACUGGUAAAAAUGGUGGAUUUUUGUUAUUACGGUUCAAUUUGUAUAAUAUAAAACGAUUCGUCAGUCGUUUUAUGUUGCUCUUACAUUUGAGAUGUAAUCAAGUAUUUGUAUAUAGGGUAUAAAUUUCCAAAUGCAGGGACAAGUGGUGAAGAGAUAUUUCAUUUUAAUUCGUUUUAUGACAGUGGUCUCAGCGGAGAGAGUGACAUCGACGUUACUUCACUGUUUAGAAUUUAUUUGCACAGCUGACAUCAUUAUUAGUCAUAGAAGUACAGGAAUAAAAGAAUAAAGGAGAAAUGAAAGACAAUGAGAGGGAGAUAGUGGAUGCCCAGAGAUAUCAAUUAAUUAACUAUAUUUUGCCUUGAUAAUUUUUGCGAGACAUUUCUUUCUGGAUCAUUCUCUACUAAAUAUGUAUCAUAUUUAGGCAUAUGUAAUUGUGAAUUAUUGAACGAGCACUGGGAGUAGGAUAAAUUUAUUCAUCGAUUGUAAAAAUAUGAUAAUUUAAUGAUUGACCUAUUUUGUUAUUUUCUACACCUGUUUAACAUAAUAACAGAAGUUACCCGUUUAAUGGAGCGAGAAUAUAAUGGAAAACUCAUCCCUUUGGAUUGUAAUCGAUCGUUAGAUUAAGAAAGUAAAUAUGAUAAAUGAGUGAAUGAGUGUAUCUGGAGUAAUACAAGAAGGCCUUGGUUACUUGAAUAAAAAUUUAUAUUUGAGA